AUGAAAAUCCCAAGAGCCAAGCCUUGUCAAACUAACCUUCGUGAUAUUUGGGCCUGGAAACCUCCCGUCCGUCGUUCUGGUCAUCGUAUCCUCGAUCCAAUCCCAGCUGAGCUCUACAUUAUGAUCUUUAACUACGUGAAACCGCGCAACGACUGCUACGAGUCGAAAAAGACUAUCAUUAGACGAACGAACGACCUCCGAAACAUGUCAUUAGUAUGCCGCUAUUUCUGCGCCGAAAUUCUUCCUUGGUUAUUCAAAUCUGUGGUUUUCCACCCCGGAGGACUAUACAAUGGAGUUACCACAAGAGCUGAAAAGGACGCCAUGAGCUGCAUUCCGUUCUGCAGAUCCAUCAAGCAGGACGAAAAGUUUGCUAGAUCUUUGGCUCUACAAGUAAAACAAUGUUCUAUACGCGAUUGGCUUGACGCUCCGAAUACUAACACCGCAAUGGUCAAAGCUUUUCUGAAUACUCAUAUCGACUCUCUACCACACCUAACUAAUCUCACCACUAUCACACUUUCUCGAAUGCCCCUGGCUCCUCAACUCCUUGCUCAUAUUCGACGUCUUCUGCAUUUGACGUCGUUCACCAUUGACCGUUGUGACUUUGCAGAGAUAUUACCAAAACAUGUGCAGAAACUCGCUGCGAAGAGCAAGUUGAAGUCAUUUCGUCUUUGGGUUCGGAGCAAAGACGACAGCGAUGAUGAAGAUGAUGAAGUCCAUGCUCUUGUAGUGAAGGAAUUCCUUCCACUAAUCGUGAACCUCUCCGAAUUUGGCACAGAUAGCUGGCUGCUCAUGCAGGCUUUGAUCUCUUGCCACGAUACUCUGUCCCCAUUGCUAGAGACUCUGGAAAUAUUGUCGAUCCGUGAUACAAAAGUUCUUUGCGAAUACCUUUACAAGUUACCUGCAUUGACAUCGUUGACGAUGGACAGUGCUCUAUCAACCACAGUUUACUCCAAUAUUUCCCUCUCACGUUUGACGAGUCUUCGUCAUCUCACUUGCCCUCCCCGUUUCGUUUCACGUCUCAGUGGUUCACAUGAGCUAGCCAGUCUGUCAUUUUCAACGCGCCACCCGGAGAACUCGUGGGUAGCGAUGCACAAUGCCGCCGGAGUUUCCUGGCCGAGAGUUGACCAACUUCUCGCAUUCUGUUUGCCUUAUACCUUGGCGUUAGGCAUUUGCUUGGACCCAACAUCUUUUCUCGACGGCACUGGUAUUGCCCUUGAUCGACUACGGAAAUUGACCAUCAUCUCCGAUGAAUGUUUCAUUCUAAGUUCUGGUGAACCCCCAGACCAGAACGGCGGUGCAGAGAUGUCGAAGCUUGUGCAGAUUCUGAUGAAAGAGGCACGAUUUCCAAGCCUUGAGCGUAUCUUGUUCCGUGACGAUGAUAAUAAGGAGUGGACUUGGAGAGAAGAUUCCUCAAGUGGCAAGUGGAAGCCUGUGCCAGAGGAAGAUGAGGAUGGGUAUUAG